UUGACGUGGGUAAGUUGUAUAUAAACAGCCACAAGCUCUGCCCGUCAGUAUUCAAGGAGCCGGCAACAUGUGGAAGUGUGCAGUACUACUGUCUGUCUGCUACCUGGGCUUGGCUGCAGCUCAGGGACUGUCUGACCACGUUGAUACACAGCCUUCGCAUCGACCAGAAUGUGGCAAAAACGAAUAUUUCGACAAAUGUACCUUUGAAUGCCCACCGGAGAAGACUUGUGAAGAUCGCUUAAUCGAUUGGGCUUGUCCUGGUGUUAUAAUGCCCUGUAUCCCAAAAUGUGUAUGUAAAGCGGGUUACUACAGAAAGGUAGCAGGUGGCGAAUGUAUCUCAGAAGCUGAAUGUGGACCGGCGUGUGGUGAAAACGAGGAGUACAAGGAUUGCAGAAACCCUUGCAUAGAUGAGAGCUGCGAUGCAAUGGGGAGUCUCAUACCGAACUGCACCGCUCCUGAACCCUGUGAACCAGGAUGUGCUUGCAAAGAAGGGUACUACAAGUUUUUCGACUUAUGUAUGCCCAAAUGCUUUUGUCCUAAGAUGCGGGACUCACCUGAAUGUAGAUGGUGGUGAGAUACGUUCAAUACUUAUGGAGAGCUAACGUUAACUUGGUAUAAAAAAAAUAAGUACUUAGAAAAAAUAACUACUUAGAAAUUUGAAUAGGUCUCGAUGUAGGUAACAGCUGUACAGUGUAGGUACCUAUGUAUUCUGUGUUGAUAGUGCUUUAUUGCAUUGCAUUGCAUGAUUUAUUGCCCUCGCGCAUACCCACCCAUUUUAUACCCAAAGGUGAAAAAGGUGAAAGGGAUUGUCAUACUCUUAAUGACUAAAAAUCAUCGCUCUAUAUAAAAAAAAACCGCAGCAUACGAGUAUAUAAAAUAUGGUUCGUAAUGGUUUUAUAUACCAAACACCCAAUAUACCAAAUAUUUACCAGCUUAAGUAAAAAAUAUAUAUAUACAGGUUAUUCAAAAAAUAUUUUGUUUAUUUAAAUAUAAUAUGGCUUAAGACGUAUUACACUGGUCUCGUUUAUGUUAUAUACAUCAAUAAGUCCCGUUAUUUUUAGAAAUGCAUUCAAUAAAAUCAUUUUUAAGAAUUGGUAAUUACUUACAAUCUUUAUUUUAUCUAAAUCUUUACUUUAUCUAAAUUUUGUGUUAUAAAAGCGAUAACUUAUAUCGAAACGUCGGAUUGGCGCUUCUUUUAGAAUUUUGAAUGAAUUUUUCUUAUUAUAUAUAGGUAUGGUUAGUAAUAAAUCACGAAUAAGGUGAUGAUGUAAUUUAUUCCAUUACACUUUAGUAAAUAAAUGUUUUUUUUUUAAAUAUC